AUGCCAAGUUCGCUUUACUUAUAUUUCUUUAGGGCACACAAGACGUCCAGCGCGUUCCCUGGCUCCGUGGUUCUAACUCAAAACUUAUAUGGGCACACGUCUCUGUCUGCUUCUUCUGCAUGCACACGAGCCUACGUUCAUGCGUACUUUCAAAAUGGCACUCUGCCUGGCGACGGAACAGUUUGUGAAGUUGAGUCUGAGAUGUUCCCAACUUCCUCAACCGCUACUGGCAGCCAGCGACGUUCCUUCUGGGAUUACAGCCUAUUCACCAAUCCUCUCAUUUGA